CACAUUGGCAAAUGAGAAACUGAUGCGCACGCGGCAGCCGGUUUUAGCUUUAAAAACCCAGUGAGCACCGGCGAUAGUAGUAGGCUCACAGACCUGCAGGGUAACCCAACCUCAGCACCUGUCUUCUAGAGUCAGAAAAAAAAGGGCUCCGACAUGAACGGCCACUGCAACGGGAAAGUCAACGACGCCGUGGAGGAGUUCCAACACAACAACGGCUUCAGCGACCUCAUCAUAGACACCAAGACGUCCGCCGCUCACCGCAUGCACGAGACGUCCCGCAAAGAGGCCGAGGACGAGUCCCGCUUACCUGCGCUCGAGGCCGCCUACACCAGCAUCCUGCGGGAGCUCGGGGAGGACACGGACCGACAGGGGCUGCUGCGCACGCCGUUGCGCGCCGCCAAGGCCAUGCAGUUCCUCACCAAGGGCUACCACGAAACCAUCGACGAUAUCUUAAAUAAUGCCAUAUUUGAUGAAGACCACGAUGAGAUGGUGAUUGUUAAGGGUAUAGACAUGUUUUCACUGUGUGAGCAUCAUCUGGUGCCCUUUUUUGGCAAGGUUCACAUCGGCUAUAUCCCCAACAAAAAAGUGGUGGGACUGAGCAAGCUGGCAAGGAUUGUGGAGAUCUUCAGUCGGAGGCUUCAGGUACAAGAGCGUCUGACCAAGCAGAUUGCUAUGGGAAUAUCUGAGGCUCUGCAGCCAAAAGGUGUAGCUGUGGUUAUUGAAGCAGCGCACAUGUGUAUGGUAAUGCGUGGCGUCCAGAAGAUGAACAGCCGCACAGUGACGAGCACCAUGCUGGGAGUUUACCUAGAGGACCCCAAAACCCGGGAGGAGUUCCUGACUCUUUCACAGCACUACUAACAACAGUCACACACCGUUCACUCCCAAGCCACAGAGUAGCACACAGAAAGCUCUGGAGUAACAGAGGGUCUGUGUCUGACUUUACUUUACGAAAAUGACAAACAGAUAGCAGGAAAAAGUAAAGUUUCUGUUUGAUGCAGGAUCCAAGCCAACUCUGGGGUUUACCUCAAUACACUGAAGCCUGAAAGAUUUCAGUCCUGCCACUGAAAUCUAUCAUGUAAAAUCACUGUGAACAAACUAGUAAAUACCAGUAUAGGACUCUCGGUGCCUUUGGUAGAUAUUUUACAGUCCUACAUGGCAAUAUUGUUUUUUAUAAAGCGUGAAACCCGAGUGCAAUGUCAUAAUACUUUUAUUGUUGCUUUUAGAAAGAGAUACUCCUCUCUUGAAUCUUUCCUUCCUUUAUUAUUGUAGAAUCCACUGAUUUUAAUAUUUUAACAAUUUUAAUAAUUUCACACACUAUGUAUGAAUUCUGAAUACAUUGAUAACGUCUUUGAAUAAAAGGACAUUUUUAAGAUAUACAUCUAAUUAUUAUUAAUAUCAAUAUCUGUUGUCCAAAGAAUAAACCAAGAUCUACUCAUUUGUGUUUUUAUCAGUGACUAUUGUAGUAGAUAGUUUGAAGAUUCUUUGCUUGAAUAAAAUGAGAGAAACAUUA